AUGACGUCACCGCGGAAGCUUCGAACACCCACAAAAGAGGCCGGAACGCCGAGCAAGCUGGUUGCUUCGCAGUCGCUGACAAAAAGGACGCCGCGCUCAAAGGCGGUGCCUUCGCCGUACGCAAAGGCAAAGAAACUACUCUCGGUGUCGGCGGGUGAAACUCUGGUUGGCCGUGAUGUUGAGAAGAAGCGAAUCACAACUCUGGUUCAGGGAGCCCUUGAAGAGGGCAAGUCGCUCAUAUUGUACGUUUACGGGGCGGCAGGCACGGGCAAAACGCUCACCGUCAACACUGUGAUUCAAAGUCUUGAGCUUACAUGUGACUUCAAGCUGAUUAAUGUGAACUGCAUGUCAAUUGAAACGGUGAGCAACUUUUACCGACAAGUCGCCGAACAGUAUCCCUCCAGUCCAAAGAAGCAAAAGCGAAAUACCCGAAAAAACAGUUCAUCAGAUGAGGAUGAUUCAUCGAACGACUUGACCCGUAUCAAAGAUGCUAUUUUGCAGCACAACAAUAUGACCGUUAUGAUUCUCGAUGAGAUCGACCAACUCAAGUCAAAGCAAAACGAGGUUCUGCGGAACAUUUUUCAACUACCAGAACUGACAAAAAAUAAGCUGAUUCUUAUUGGCAUUUCCAAUGCACUCAACUUUACCACUGCAAAUGUGUGGAUUAAAGAACUGGACAAAUCUGCCUUUUACGAGAUGCGAUUUAUGCCGUACAACAAGGAGCAGAUUGCCCAGAUUAUAGACAGUCGCCUGAAGAGCGGUAAUGACGAGAACACUCUCAUUGAUCAGGCGGCAAUCAACUUUUGCGCCAUGAAAAUUUCCUCGCUCAGUGGUGAUAUUCGAAAGGCCCUAGACGUCUGUCGACAGGCGGUGGAUAUGAUUGAAACACGAUCUCGGCGAAAUACCGUCAAGGCGCUGGACUUUGAUGCAGUGCUCAAACCAAAGUCAGCAAUGAACUGUGCCACCAAAACACAGGAUGACGCCUUCAAGCACGUCAACGUCUCCGUGAUGAUGUCUUCCAUCAACAAAGUUUACGGCGGCAUCAACGACAAACUGGACAAGGACCGUGUGGUUCACCUGCCAAUUGACCAACAGCUCAUUCUUUGCACACUGCUGCUUCUCGGCAAGUACAAGUCAAUGCGCGAAGUGAAGCUCUCUGAACUUCGACAGUACUUGGGCAAAAUCUGCAUUAAACGAUGUCUGUCCACUGAAGGCAAGUCGGAGCAGGACAUUCUCGCAAUGUGCCAACUACUCUCUGACUCUGGCUACGUUUCAAUCAAAAAUGAAUCUCCUCUUCUCGGUGGCGGUCGUAGUCCCGGAAAGAUGAGUCCUCGAAAUGUGUUUUCUUCACCUUCUGCUUCAAAAAAGCGUUCGGUGACGCUGGCACUGCGACUUGAUCCAACUGAAACAGAGCAACUGCUGAACAAGCUCGUUUUGGGCAUUCUCUCAGAAGGAUCGACUAUGAUUUGCUGA